CACACACACACACAGGGCAAGGUCCUGACAAAUAGUAUUUUCUGAACAGUCACGUCAGACUAAGACUGCUUACAUCCUCAUAGUUAAAAUGGACACAGAAAUUGCAGGUACAUUUGAUGGUUCUUAUAACAAACUGAUCCACCAAGAGGACAUCAGUGGAGAUGAGCUCACUCUCUAUUCAAACCAAGAACAAGAACAAGUGUCCAUGUCUGUGGUGAGACCUGAAUCCAGUUUGAAACAUUACAAACGGCUUACAGUAAGCCUUGCAGUGCUUGCUGUCAUUCUACUAGCAGUGGACAUUGGCCUGGGAGUCUAUUAUGGUAAAUUUACCGAUGGACAGGAUACCAUAAUGGACAUCAGUGCUGAGGUGGCCAAACUGCAGGCUGCUUACGACACUGCGAUCUGGCACAGGGACGAAGCCAAGAAACAGUUGGCCAGAGAGAUAAGGGAGCAGCAAAUUACCAAGUGGGAGCUUGAUCACCAGAAAAGCAGAAGCAAGGACUACCUUAAACUGAGUGACAACAUUCAAAUGGAAAUAGCAGCUUUGAAAUCCCACAUCCCAAUGAUUAAAGAGGGCUGCAGACACUGUCUACCAGGAUGGACCUUCAUGAACUCAGUGUGUUACUACUUGGCCAUCUCUGAUGCUUUUUCACGAAGGUCAUGGCAGGAAGCCAGACAGUUCUGUAUAAACCAAGGAGGUGACUUGGCAGUGAUCGACAGCAGAGAGAAACACCUGGCAAUAACUGAAUUGAUAACAAAUUAUCAAGACCCCUCUCGACCCAUAGCCCACAGUGGCUUCUGGAUCGGAUUGAGAGACAUCGAGGAGGAAGGGAUAUGGAAAUGGCUUGAUGGAACAAGACUGACCACAGGUUACUGGAAUGAUGGAGAGCCGAACGACAGUGGUGGUGAGGACUGUGCAGCAACAUAUCCCAGAGGCAACCCCUUUAAAGCCUGGAAUGAUGCUCCAUGCAAUCAUAUACUGAAAUGGAUUUGCCAAAUGACACCAAGGUCGGCGGGUUAAUCUGAUUUUAAUUUAAUUGCAUUUCCUUAUUUAAUUAAUAGUUUCAAUCAGGAAUUUACACCAUUCAAGAGACUUAAAUAUUUCUUCCAAAUAUUUUAAUUCUCUUUUCAAUAUUUAUGUUAAGCAUUGUUAAAUAUAAUUUGUAAUGUUCUUUCUAUGUUUUUUUAAACUAAAACUGUGAUUAUUUAAUUUCUUCAAUCCUAUCCAUCUACCUAUAUUUUCUGUAACCUCUUAAAAGGUAGGAACCAAUUUUUCUAACUUUUAUUUGAGGUUUUAACAUAAGCCAAUAUCAAGGUUUUCACUCAAUAGAACAUGAUCACGUUCUGUUUAAAGAGGGCAGUGGAUCUGCGUUUACACACCACCGUCUGGUUAUAAUCAGCCUGGGAAUGCUAAAUGCAGUACUGCUGAUGGCUGCUGUUGUCAUUGGGAUGUUCUGUCUAAAUGAUCAUAUAGUACAUAAUACUACCUGACAAACUUGAAAUGUGCAAUUUUAACUCCUGUGACAGUAGUAUCACAGCAACUCAUGAUUGACAACGUCCCGAAACUGAGAGGCGGUGGUAUGUGGUGGCAAAAUGGAUUUUGGAUUGGCCUGAGUGAUGUAGCGACGGCGGGAACAUGAGUCCAGGUUAACAAUGUAACCGAGGGGGAAACAGUGUAAGCUAGCAUCUCACAGACUGCUUUUCUAUUGAUUUCUUAAGUUUUGUGACAGUAUCAUGACUCACUGGUAAAACUAAAUUCUAGACUUCUUAAAAGUACUGGAGAAAUGGACAUUAUAACAGUUAGGGACCUCAGAGUGGGAACUGUGCAGAUUCUUAAUAAUGUGCUGAUAUCAGGGGGAAAUGGUGUAUUGGAUACUGCCUUGAACCUUCUGUUAAGCUGUAUAUGUGAAAUGGAGCAAAGUUAAACUUAAAACCUUUCAAAAAGUGGAAAUCACAAUAACUGGACAAAUCAUGUACUAUAUGUCUUUGUAAUAUCUUUGAAAUAAACUGCAGCUUGAUA